GCCCCACCGGGAGGCCGGCAAGCCCGCCGGCUAUUCGGGCCAGGCUGCCCGGAUCCGAUGCCCGAAGGCGACGGACGGGGAGGAGCGGGCUGGGCAGGUCCGCCCGCCCCGCAGGGAGGGCCGAUGGGGGCUGGGCCGGGCCACGUCCCGCCGCCGCCCGCUUGCAAAGCGCCCCAGCCUGGAGGAGCGGCGGCGGAAGGUGCGCCCGGGCCGGCCUGCGGUUGCAGAGCAUCUCCCGGCAGAGACCAUGUUGGCCGCCAACCGGACCGACGCCUGGCUCCACCGCCUGGACUCGGUGCUGAGGUCCUUGAACCACACUCUCCACCACCCUCAGCCCUGCGCCCAAGACGGGAACCUCGGCAGAGACGACGACGAUGAGAAGAACGCCUACAUGUACAUUCUCUUUGUGAUGGUCCUCUUUGCGAUAACGGUCGGGAGUUUGAUCCUGGGCUACACCCGGUCCCGGAAGGAAGUCGACAAGCAGAGCGAUCCGUACCGUGUUUAUAUCCAGGAGCGGGUGUCCAUGAUAUGACGAGAGGGGCCCAGAGAGAGAGAAAAACGGACGGCUGCUGUGGAGAUACUUAGCCGCGUCCUCCUCGAAAGGGACGUCUUUGUCGGAUCCUGUGGAGUUCUUCCUUCAGGGUUUGGGACACCCCCUGACAGGCUGAAAGACAAUUCGGGAUGUGAGGAGACCAGGGGGAGGGGGUGGAGAGAUUUUGGACCCGUUUAA